AUGUCCCACCACCCUGCAUUCACCCUGGGAGGCCUUUGUGCCAUCGGCGGAGCCAUCGGCUACUCGCGUACUAGGUCGCGCCCCUCUCUGAUCGCUGGUUUGGCCUUCGGUGCUCUGUACUCUGUAUCUGGGUACCUUCUGCAACAAAACGCAGAGUAUGGCGCUCCGCUUGCUGCCGUGACCUCUGCGCUCUUGUUGGGCUCUAUGGGACCUAGAGCGUUAAGGACACGCAAGCCAGUUCCCAUUAUGCUUGCUUUCCUGGGAACAUUGGGCAGCGCAUACUACGGAAAGCUCGUUUACGAGGGUUACUACGGCGUCUAG